AUGGCAGUGGGCGUCCGUCCGGAACCUGUGAGCCACGGAACUUACGGCUCUGAGCACCAAGUUGUGCCAGGAGCAUCCUUUCGGAGCGGUUUCCGGGGCGCUCUCUUGCCUUGCCUGCAUCUGUGGCGUCUACAAAGCUACCGGCGGCCGGAGUGCUUCCUCGCUGAAGUCAGAGCCCGGGCUCGCCGUGCGACCCAGGUCUCCCGUGGAGGCGCGUUGCCGACCUCCUGCAAUUGUGGAGCCAGGGGAAGGAUUCAAGAUGGAUUGACAUCAAAGUUCCCUUCUUUAGCAGAAGUGCUUUAUGGCUUUAAAAAAAUAUUAGAGAAUGAUAGGAUGCAUCGAAGCCCUUUACAAAAACUUGUGAUAGAAAGUUUUGACAAUGGGCAGAUUUUGCAACAACUGGAAUUGCAAAAGGUACCAAUUUUACAAUACUUCUAGAAUGCAGUUAGUGAAAAAGCUGAAGAUAUCAGUCGUCUCCCAGAGACACAGGCUGAUGGCCAGGAGGACCUAGAAUAUGUCGAGGAGGAGGAGGAAGUGACUGACAUGGGUAGUGGCAAUCCUGAAGUGGGUGAGAGAGCUAAAAACUCAAGCAAAUUCCAUCUGAGGAAAAGCCCAGUUUUCAGUGAUGAGAAUUCUGACCUUGACUUUGAUGUCAACAAACUGGACCCCAGCGAGGUGUAAAAUGAAGGACAUGAAAAACCAAGAGGAAAGUCCAUAGCACACGAGAAAUUCUUCAGGCUCUAUGAAACGGAGUCCUGUUUAGAAAACAGAAAAGAAGAGGAACGAAAAGAUGGUCAUGAUGGUGAGGUAGAAGAUACUGGUUUUUCUGAAGAUACUGAUUCUGAUGAAGAUGAAGGCGGACUGUUUGGAAGUAAAAAACUUAAGGUAAAGUUUUGAGAGAGGAGACACUUUCCUCCUCCUCAAAUUAGCCUCUGUUCUGUUUUUCUAGGAGAGAUAUAAUUGUAGGUAGUUAGAAGAUUUAGAGAUAAAAAGUAUUGUGCUCUAUCUUAUCAGUUACAAAUGAAUCUGUGCUUCCAUUCAGUUUAUGUUCCAGUUGUUCUUAUAAUAAUUUUACGUUAGUGUGAUUAGUUGCCAAUUUCACCUAAUAACUAUGUUUGGGUUGUGUUGUUAAGUUAGAAAAUAACGUAUCCAUACAGUAUACAUACAAAAAUGUAUGCAUGUGUUAAUAAUGUAUUUUUCUCUUCCUAAUUAAUAGUUUUAAAAAUCUUUUCAU